CUCCGUGUUGUUAUCCGCUUGCUUUUGACCAAAGCAAAAAAGCAAAAACAACAACACAGUCAACUAAGCAACCGCACGUCGGGGUCUGACUCCAGCAGCGGCAAAUCGCAAACGUUCCAUAAUGUCGCCACUUCAAAUGUGAAGUGACGUUCGCAGCGAAUGGUUGGUUGGCUUGUUAUUAGUUCGUGUCACAAAAAACCAAAAACAAAACCAAAACACAAGUGCAGUGUGGAGAAUUCAAGCAAAAAGUGUGAAAAACAAGAAAAUUUAAGUAAAAAAAAACUUAAACAUUCGCUGCGUUUAUUAUAUUUUUUGGUUUUGUUUUAUUGCAUGUGACAUUCUGGAAACCAAAACGCAGCGCGUGUGACUCCAAUAAACACUCAUAUUUGUAGUUGUCGCUUGCACUGAGGUGUUUCGACACGCGCAGGAAGCGAAGAAAAAUUGAAGCGCAGUGAUUUUUGAAACGAAUUUGGAAAAUAUUUGAAAGUUCUACACAUAAGUACUAUGCAAAGGAGAUUCAUGAUAGCGUUUUAGUGCUGACAGUGUCUCCGCAGUGCGCAAAGUUUGACUAAGUAAAUCGGGCAGUCUUGUGAGUGACAUUUAGAAUAUAUAACAUACGAGUACACUGCAGUAUUUCUAUGGUGAUGAUGCAAGACAGUGUGAAAUAGCCGUGGAAUUGCGGAGAAAAUUUUAUUGAAAAGUUGCCUGCUGUGAACACCCUUUGGCCUUUUCAUAAAUAUGCGAACAUAACUCAUGCCAAAGGUAUUCGUGCGUAUUCGCUAUUGUUGUAAUGUUAAUGAAUUAAGCGAAUAAAAAAAUACAACAAAUUGCACGAAACUAAAAACAAAAACAUGAAAACAACGUUAAUACUCCGCUCAGAACUGGAUUUUGACAAGUUUAAUUUUCAACACUACACGGUGUGGUGGAUUACUUGGCAUUAAUGACGUGAGCCGAUUACAAUUCUAUCGCGAAUCUCGAAUUAACAGCUCCAAAUGUAAAAUUGGCGCAAUUCUUGAUUUGCAUAUGUUUCUUGAAUUUAUAUGGACUAAGGAAUGCUUGCACUGUGCAUAAAUGUAAAAAAACGAGAAGUAAACGUGAAGUUUUAAAUAUAUAAAUAUAAAUAAAAUUAAUUAUUAAUAAUAGAAAAGUAGUGUUAAAAUGGAAACGGCUAAUGCACCCAUGCUUACCGCUACUGCUGCGGCGGCUGCAACGCCCACGAAGCCAUUAAAAACCAUAGCAGCAGCCACAGCAGCCGCCGCCGUCGCAGCAGCAGAAGCAGAAGCAGCAACAACUAAACAACCAUUAAGUGAUUUAGCCGCCUCAGUGGCAAUACACACCACAUCCACACAAACACCGUGCGCAACACCAACAGCAAUUCUAUCGCCCACAAUACCAAUUGCCAUGGCGACUGCAACAGCUGCCACUGCUUCUCCAACACCAUCGCCAUCGUCGGCAUUCACAGCAUACGCCACCACACAGGCGCUGUUGCAGUUGCCAUUGGAGCUGCAGCAGACGCUGGCGAGCGCUGCCGCUGUGGCCGGUUACCUACCAUCCACGUAUCUCAUGGAUUUAUAUAACAGCAACACAAUUGCGAGCACGGCGGAUCCAUAUCCGGAUGCACCAACCCAAUUGGUGCCCUGCCCCAUCUGUCAGCGCACCUUCAAUCCCGUUACGCUGCAGAAGCAUGUGGGCAUAUGCGAAAAAAUGGCAACAAAGAAACGGAACGUUUUCGAUUCCUCGCGCCAACGACGUGAAGGCACCGAAUUGGCCAGCUAUCCGCUGCCGAAGAACUUCGGCUUGCCACCAGCCAAGCAGGAGGCGCGCGGACAGUCGCCCAAGCCAUUUCAGCACAUCGCCUCACCCAUCUUGACGCGCAAAAAGUCGAGCGGCGGCGAGGAGUUGGCGCGCACCACCGCACGCGCCUCGAUGCGCAAAUUGACUGCCAAUGCACAAAGCCAGUCACCGGGCAUCACAGCCACCGCCAACGCCGGCGCCGCCACUGCCAGCCAAGUAGUCAACAACAGCCAGAUGACCACAUCGACGGCCUCACUGCCCGGCGCCGGCAGCUUUACACGCGAUCGUAUGCGUUCUUCGGAUCGUUCACUCGCCAAACGCAUACAGCCACCGCCGGCCGAGCAGUGUCCGCACUGUGAGCGUUGCUUCGGGCCGAAGGCGUACGAUCGGCAUGUUGAGUGGUGCAAGGAGAAGGCACUGCAGGCCUCCAUUAAACACACGGCGAAAACCGAACAGAACUUGGCCAAGGAGCGACUGGAGGCGCGCACCAAAUACCGUGCACCCUGUCUCAAAACUAAGCGUUCGUUAAAUCGUGAUAAAUACGCGGGAUUGGCUGGUGAUGAGAACGAAUUUGGCGAUACAGUAAAAGCGGCAAACGGAAGUCACAACAGUAACAGCAACAAUAACAGUAGCAAUAAUAAUAACAGCAGUCUUACAAACGGUGUUGGUGGCCACGGCAUCAGCAACAAUAUAAAUAGUAGCGGAAACGGGAACGGUAACGGUGUGAUGUCACUAUCAAUGACAUCGUCUCUGACAAGUGAGAGCGGUUUGCCAAGCGAUAGAUAUGACCCAUUUCUCUCGGCCAAGCGUCAAUUAGAAGAGCUUUGCUCAUCCUCACCUCCAAAUAAUCCCUCCUUUUCCUCUAACCUUCCAAAAACUACGCCACAAACUCCUGUGUCACCAGCCGGUUUACCAGCAAAAAUGUCCACUUCACUCACACUAAGCACUUCCACACCUAACUCUAGUCCCUUGACGAACAACUUACAAAACCAACGCCAGACAGCAACGCCUUCGUUAAACGCCACUAAGACAACUACGAAUUUUCGACGCACAUCUUCCUUGCGCGGUCCACGUCGUUCUCCGAUGCUUUCGUCACGUCCCUUGUUCGCGCAAAACCAUCGCCCCACCAUACAACGUGGCCUCUCCGACGAAGGUCCCAUCUCAACAAACUUUCUGAAACCCGAAGAAUAUGAUGAGAUGCCUGUACGUUCGGUUUGUGUCAACGAUUAUGCGGUAACGAAGAGCCCACGUGUUGCACGUCGUGAUAACAGUCUUUCUAAUCGUAAACAAGGUCUUAAACUCAAUGUACAGGGUGCUGCCGCUACAAUGACGUCUGCAACGAACACACCGAAUUGUGCGACAAUGCUGGGUGUUAACAGCAGCGAUGAACUGAUGAACUCUGCCGCCAAAUAUUUAUCGAAAACCGACUCUUUAGCGGCAUUCCUGAAAUACGAGAAAGAAUUGGAUAAACUCAACACGCAGGUCACAGUGGAUAAGCCAACCGAACAAAAUACAACUGAGUCAUCUGCGACGAAUCUACACAAUCCUAUCAUUUCCAAGGAGUUCAAAGAAAAAAGUAAUACUUUGAGCAAGCAAAAUUCAGCCAAAAGUAUCAAGGCAGAACUAAUUGAAUCUCCAAUAUCAAACACAGACCCAGUGGUAGAAGCACAUUUGUUCCAGCACCUACCGACACCGGUCCCAAAGACACCAAAUGCAGCUAACACAUCACCGUACGAGAGAGCAAAUGCCAAUAUACAAAAGACGCAAGCCAUACGUUUGGAGUCUAUAGCCUUGCCACAGGCAACUUCGACGCCAAUAACGAAGCCAAGCUCAACACGGGCACCCACCACGCCCACACAAUUGCCUAUUGUUAAUCGACCAGUCAACUUAAACGCGCUACUUGUCGAGCCGAAACCAACAACAACUUCUUUACUCUCCGCCUACAGCAAGGAGGGCAAGAGCUCUUCCAGCAGUGAUUACAUCGAUCCCAAACUCAUUAAUAAAUGCGAUAAUCUGCCCGUAAAUCUGAGCACGGUGCGCACAUUGAAAUCCGUUGGCGGUAACAAUGUGGAACGUCGCUUGGACUUUUCUUCAUCCUCCUCAGAGUGUUCAGCAACACAAACUGGUCCGAUUUCGCAGCUUACAAAGUUAUUACCGCUUACCAAACCCACCGAGGUAUUACAUACAACAGCACCGGCGCUUGCAACAACCAGUCCGGCGGUAGAUAUACCAAGUAGGCCUUCCACCACGGACGACACACAGCCAAACGCGCAUCCGACGCUCAGUCAACGCAGCUCAACUGAGGGUAGAAACUUGUUGAAUCGUAAGAAACGACUGGGACGUAAUCAUUUCCUUUACGAUGUCUCACCCGAGGCAGAUGACUCUUGCUCGGCUGACGACGAAGCAAAUCGUUCUUCGGUCGAGUAUUAUGAAUCCAAAUAUAAAUCAUCAUAUCAACAGCAACAACAGCAACAACAGGAACAGCAAGAGCAGCAACCACAGACAUGCUUCGUUAAUACACGUGGACAAACCACACAACUGAAGACGCCACCUAUAGUGCCGCCAUUACCGAUUUUUGACGAUUUUGACUUUGAGGAAUUUCUCUCGUCAUUCGAGAAUGACGAUGAGCAAUUUCCUCUUUUCAAGGACUGUAGGGAAUUUCUGUUGAAUCGCUCGUCGAAUAAGCAACGUUCGACGCAGACGCCGAGUUCAAUAAAUACAAAUAAUAACAGCAACCACAACAAUAACAAUAGCAAAACAAAUCAAUAUACAACACCAACUAAAGACUACAACAACACGACGAAUCAUUUUCAAUUCCCAAGUCUCGCCUCUAAUAAAUAUUCCCAUCCCACGCACCUAUUAACACCUUCCUCCCGCAGAUCCCGUGAUGAAUCGCGCCCAAAAAGUAAAGAAUCGUCACCGCUAUCCGAUCGCUACGAGGACCUGAAACGCGUCAAUUCACAAAGCCACACUUACGCCAAUGACGGCAUGACCAAGAAGCGACAUGCUGACGCCGACCAUAAAAAGCGUGAGAUCUUCAUCAGCAUCGAGACGGAGCCGAAUGAACAUGGUCGAUCCCCUAUUUCACCCGACUCGCUACGCAGCAUGGUUGGCAAUCCCCAAACAAUGGUCGAAGUUGAGGUCGACGGCUGUGACAAUAAAUUCAGCAAGAUUAGUGAUGACGAUGAGCAGUUGCCAUCUAGGCAUGCUGCCGGCCAGAGUCAUGCUGGCGAUAUGCUGAUGCGUUGCACACCCUUUAACACAGGCAAUCACUUGCCAAAUGUACAACUGAAUAAUGCCAAAAAUCUGAUACAACGAAUGCAAGAUGACUUUCGACAAAUGAGCGAAGAAGUGGGCGCCAAUAUACGCCAAGCCAUGACCGGCCUCAAUGCGGUCGGUAGUAAUACAGCAAUGUUGUAUGGCAACGAGCAGGUCGGUAUGACAGCUGGCGUCGGUGGACGCGGUGGUGUGGCGGGUGGCACAUAUGUGCCGCGCAAUACAAAUACAACACCACCGCCGUUGGCGACAAGUGCGGGCGCAGUGGCACCCAUGUAUGCAGCGUCGGGCGAUGUCAGCGGUGAUGCGUGCGGCGAUUCGGACGACAUGAGCAGUUUGGAUGGUUAUCCAAUAUCCUCGAAGUCGUCACGACGUGGUGUCGGCUCUAAACUAAGCGCUGACUCUGCGUACGGGAGCCUCUCACGUCAGAGAUCCUCAGAGCUGUCGACCACACCGCAACGCAGCGCCACGCGCACUCGCCCCACCACCAGCAACUCGACCGGCAUGACCACAGCGACAUUGCCCACGAUGCUGCCCGCAGACGUGCAAACGCAAAAACAACUACAACAGCAGCAGCAAUAUCUCUACCAACAGCAGCAGCAACAACUGCAAUUGCAACAACAGCAACAGCUGCCACAACAAGCUGCGCAAUUGUACAAGUAUGCGCCUGUGGCUGCGCGACCGCGACGCAUAAGCGCCUCAUCCAGCAGCGACAAUUCAGAUGCCAGUGAUUGCAAUGUCAAAUACAAGCAACAACAACAGAAACAACAGCAGCAGCAGCAACAACAAUUGUACAGCGGCGUUGGCAAUAAGAAUCACAGCAACAACAACAACAACAACAACUAUAUCAGCGCUCACUAUACGCCACAGCACAGCAGCAUCGGCGCUGGCGGCAAUAUCAACAACAAUAGUACAACUAACAACGGCAACAACAACAACAACAAUUAUGAGAGUCCACUAAGUUCGCCAACAACAAUGGAACGUGCACGCCUAGCCACAAGCAAUGCAACCAACACCGGCCUACCCCAGGACGAGGCGCAAACGGCGCCGGCAGCCGCCAACAAGGGUCACUACAGUUCGAGCAGUUCGCUGUCCAGCACAAAUGCGGCUAUGAGCGCGAGUAUGAAAAUGUCGAAAUUCUGUCACGAAUGUGGCGCCAAAUUUCUAGUCGAACAGGCUAAGUUUUGUAUGGAUUGUGGGAUUAAGCGGAUCGUACUAUAGUCGCAUACACAUAAACAUGCAUACAUAUGUAAAAUGUAGUUGUAGUUGUUGCCAAUGAGUAUACAUUAUAUACAUAGCUAUUUCGCUUAGUCAUGCAACAUGAAAUCACACUCACACAUUAAUUAAUUCACACACACAUACACUCACAGCGGUAAUCGUAUUUAUAUACACUGACGAGUAUUGUAACAAUAACAAGAGCAAAAAUAAAAAAAUUGUAAAUUAUAAUAAAUUGCAUAACAGUAACAAAUGGUAGCACCCACAGUCAACAACAACAACAACAAAGCCAGAAAAAUGUGCCUACGUCACAACAACAAUUUAAAUACUAAAAAAUAAUAAUAAAAAUAGAUUUCGAGGAAAUUAAUGUAAUAAUUGCGACGCCAUCAUUCAUUCCAUCAAUGAAGGUAAACACACAUACAUAUACAUACAUACAUACAUGCAUACAAUACAAACGUGCUUUGUGCUUUUCUCUGGCAUGCAAAUGUGGCAAUGAAUAACUGUAAUUAUAGAAAAAAUAUAUUAAAUAUGAAUUUUUAUGAAAGCAACUUAUGUAUGUUGCACGAACAACGCCAAAGUGGAGCGCUGCAACAAGUGUUGACACAGUCAAUGUACGCAGGCUGCAAAUGAUGCGUUAGAACGCCUGUAAGUAUGCUUGGCAUACUUAGCAACUUUAUUGUGUGCGUAUACCAAAUUUUAUUUAACUUGCGCUUUAACUCAUAUAAUUUUACUUUAUGGAACAAAAAAUAAUAAUAAUGAUAAUAAAACUUUUAUAACAAAAAAUUAA